CAGAGAGGCGAGAGAGGCAGAGAGAAAGGGGAGGGAGCAAAGAGGGUUACCUCAUCUAGAGCUGCUAGUGCACACGGUGCAGGGGAGAAGUUGUGGGAAAGUAAACAGCACAGGAGAAUUCCAAUCUGUGUUCAACCACUUGCAGCCCUCAGGGGAGACCAUAAAGAUGACUGUGUUGGACCCGGCAGUGUGGUAAAAACUUAGAGAUUAUGGGAGGCUACCAGGAUUAAAGGGUCACCAGGGAGUGCCAGAGGCUUCUCGGCGGACACGCUACUAAGGACAAGGAGGAAUUAUGUCGACUGUGAUGUCUCAGCAACCACCGAAGGAGGAUGAAGAGGAGGAAGAUGAGGACCAAGGGGAAGAGUUUGUGUUUGAGGACAGCACGGACGAGGAGAAACUUCCGGAGGACAGUAAAGGGAGCAGCCCGGACUGCGUCAGCUCUGUCCAGGUGUCACAAAAGGAGGACAGUGUGACAUCAGACAGGGCGUCGCGGACAGUCGCAGGCCGUACACAGCCUCCCGAAACCUCGCCUUCUGCUGGACAGGAGGGCAUUCCCACCAAGGAGGCGGCGCCAGUUUCUACUGCAGAUGUUCCAGUUAGUGAGUCACCCAGCUGUGCCUCAGCAGCAGACGAGCUCAGUACGUCAGCACCUUGUGUGGGAGAGGAGCUCCUAGGGCUUCCUUUGGCGCCGGCAGCUGUGGAGACGCCGGCUGAUUCCGGAGACCACAGCAAAGAAACUGUCAAGGAAAGCUUUGGCUCGAGGGACAUCUCUGAAGCUUUAUGUGUGGCCGAAGCUGAGCCACAAAAGACUUCAGAGGCUUCAGAGGUGAUCUAUGAUGAUGUUCCAAGUGAGGACCCCCUGUGUCCUGACGAAGAAAUGAUUUAUGAAGACGUUCAGAGAGACAGCGGCCCUUUGAAUGCAGACAACGGGUGGAGCUCCAGUGAGUUUGAGAGCUAUGACGAGCAGUCUGAUAAUGAGGCCAAAGUACCAACAAGGAGCAAGCCCUCUCCUGAAGUGUGUCGGCUGAGGGAGCGGUGUGCCAGGACCAAGCGUGAACUGGCCAUGAGGCUGUCUGGCAAGCACAACUAUGACAUCAAGGUUCAACAGCUCAUGAAGGCGGCGAAAAGUGGAACAAAGGAUGGGCUCGAAAAGACCAAAAUAGCCGUCAUGCGAAAAGUUUCCUUCCUGCAAAGAAAAGAUCAAUUUGAAGAGGAGGAUGAUGCAGGAUACCUUGAUGUGGCUGUGUCAGAAGUGAAGCACCCCCCCCCACAACUGAGCCCAAUGCCAGAGGGGCUGACCAACCACCAGGUUGUCAGACGCCAUAUCCUUGGCUCCAUUAUUCAGAGCGAGCGGAGCUACCUGGAGUCUCUCAGGAGAAUCUUGCAGGAAUACCACAGACCAUUGAUGGAAGCUGAUCCACGCAUCCUGAGUCCACGGAAGAUCCGGCCAAUAUUUUACCGGAUCAGGGAGAUCACACAGUGCCACUCCAUGUUUCAGAUUGCACUGGCGUCUCGUGUGGCUGAGUGGGACAGCAGUGAGAAAAUUGGAGACUUAUUUGUUGCCUCGUUUUCCAAGUCAAUGGUGCUGGAUGUAUACAGUGAUUACGUGAACAACUUCACCAGUGCCAUGGCUCUCAUUAAAAAGGCGUGCAUGUCCAAACCAGCUUUUCUGGAAUUUUUGAAGAAGAAGCAGGCAUCUAGUGUUGACCGGAUCACUCUGUAUGGCCUAAUGGUUAAGCCCAUUCAACGAUUCCCUCAGUUCAUAUUGCUCCUGCAGGACAUGCUUAAGAAUACACCGAAGGGCCACGUGGAUCGUCUGCCCCUGCAGCUUGCUCUGACAGAGCUGGAGAUGCUGGCUGAGAAGCUGAACGAACAGAAACGAGUAGCUGACCAGAUUACAGAAACUCAACAACUGGCCCGCAGCGUCAGUGAUCGCCUGCUCAGUAAGCAACUGAACUCGGAGCAGGGGUCACUGGUCCUUUGUGAGACGCUUAUUGAGACUGUGUACGGCGAGCGGGGACAAGUCCUGAAGUCGAAGGAGAGAAAGGUCUUCCUCUUUGAUGAUGUGCUCAUCUGUGCCAACAUAAAUGUCAAGGGGCCUCCAGAUAUCAGCAGCCUAGUCCCUAUUGGCCCCAAGUACACCAUGAAGUGGAGCGCCCCCUUACAGCAGGUGCAAGUUGUAGAGGUGGGGCAAGAGGGAUCUCAAAGUAAAGACACCAUCUUCCAACAGAGCGGGGCUAAGCGGCCAAGUGGUGCCUGCACUUCAGGUAAAGCGAUCCUGGGCCCUCCACGGCUCUACCAAGAGCUGCAGGAAUUACAGCAUGACCUUUCUGUUGUGGAGGAGGUCACUCUCCUUGUGGGCACACUCCAGGGGACUUACCAGAACCUGAACACCACUGUGGCCCAGGACUGGUGUCUGGCUCUGCAGAGGCUUAUUCGCAUCAAAGAAGAACAGAUCCAGAGUGCUAACAAAUGUCGCUUACGUCUGCAGGUGCCCGGCAGGCCAGACAAGUCGGGGCGUCCUGUCAGUUUCAUGGUGGUCUUCAACACUCCCAACCCCCUUAGUAAGAUCUCUUGGGUCAACCGUCUGCACUUGGCUAAGAUCGCACUACGAGAGGAGAAUUCACCAGGUUGGUUAUGCGGAGAGGACGAAGGGAAAUCGAUGGCCCCGCUUUGGUGUCCGCUGCUUUCCUGUCACAUGCCUGUCUUUGCUAUGAAGUCACCAGAGAGAAAGCUUGAAGCUGCACUCCAUAAUCCUGUUCACUGUGCUUUGCUGGGCUUCUCUGCAGCAAGCACCUCCUUACCUCAAGGCUACCUCUGGGUGGCUGGUGGGGGAGAAGGUUCUCAGGGGCAGAUAGAGAUAUUUUCCCUCAACAGGCCCAUGCCAAGGGCUGUAAAGAGCCUGCAGGUAGGCUCUGCUGUCCGAUGUCUGGAAUAUGUACCCGAACCUUCUCAGGCUGAGGAACUGGAGGCUGGAGUUCACAAGGCACCCUCAGGGAUUGGCGCCAACAUUUGUGUUGGAUUAGACGAUGGCCGCAUCCUGGUCUAUGGCAGCGUGGACACUGCAGCACAAUGCCUAUUGACCCUCCAUAACCCAGAGGGCUGCCCUGUGCUGUGCCUGAAGCACUCCUCUCGCUUCCUGUUUGCAGGCCUGCGGAACGGAACCAUGAUGGUAUAUGGAAGAAAUAACAGUGAUGAUCUUUGGGAACCUGACUCUUGGAGAUGUGUAAACCUGGGCUCGGAACCAGUACGGACACUGCUGGUGUUAGAUGACUCAGUGUGGGCAAGCUGGGGGAACUAUGUCACAGUCAUGGAAAUCUCCAAUCUCACCACUCAGAAGUAUGAAGUCCAUCCAGACCCAAUGGUAAGUGUCACACACAUGGCGUGUGCCGGUGGAGGGGUGUGGAUGGCAUUUUCCGAGGGUUCCUCCAUUCGUCUCUUUCAUACAGAAACACUGGAGCUUCUGCAGGAAAUCAACAUCUCCACACGGUCAACGCUGCUGAACACUGGUCAAAAGAGCAUGCGAGUCACGAGUCUCCUAAUUUGCCAGGGGCUGUUAUGGGUGGGCACUGCCCAAGGCUUAAUUAUCACUCUUCCAGUUCCCAAACUAGAGGGCAUCCCUAAAAUAACAGGAAAGGGUAUGAUCUCUCUGAAUGCCCACUGUGGGCCUGUGGACUUCCUCGUAGCCACCACCAGCACCCUGUCUCCGGAACUGCUGAAGAGGGACUCUGUCGGGGAUAGCCCAGACUCUGCCUGUGGAGGCGAGGACCGCAGCGACACCUCCUCGCAGGACUCCCUGCAACAGUCCAGCUCCUAUCAGGGGGAGAGCAGAGGCAAAGGACGCAGCGUUCUGCUGCAGUACAAGCUGCGCUCGACAUCAGGAUUACCUGGACGGCCGUUAACGGCGCUGGGCGACGAGGUGCUGGACUCCUCUCUGGAGUCUUUGGAGCACAGUGUUGAAGAUGGAUCCAUCUAUGAGCUCAGCGAUGACCCGGAAAUGUGGGUUAGGGGGCGUUCUUGUGAGAGGGACGGGGGACGCAGGGACAGGGUGAUCUCUGCAGCAGUUAUCUCUGGAGGCAAGGGCUUCCGCAGACUGAAGGAAGGAGAUCCAGCAAGUACUAGGACAAGUGUGGAGGGUUUAGAGAAUAUUCUUAUGGUAUGGCAGCUCCCACUGACAGUGUGAUAUGAAAAAUAUAUGGCAAGGUGAUGUGUAUUUAUAGAUACCCAGCUUAGCCUUGAACAACCUGUUCCAUAAAUUCAAGGGAUUUGACUACAUGAUGAGAAGGUGUUGCCAUUGUUACAAAGCUUGACAUCUUAUGAUUUAGCCUUUGGAAUAAGAAAACUAAGACACGCUGUUUACUAGACGUGCUGUCAGCUUAAAGGACGCUGUUCAGGAUUGUGUGUCAUCAUCUUCCCAGCAGUGGCAGAGGCCACCACAGAUUAGUUCUUUGUGAUUGUUUUGAUCUGGUUCCUCUUCCUGCCUUAGUUAGAAUUGAUAUGCCUCAAUUUAACCUCAUCAUUGCUGCGUGUGCUCUGCCACAUUUAUUUUUUUGCGAAGGACUUCUGUGUGAGCAUCCAUGGACAGCAAACCUUUGAGAGGCAGCCUUUGUUGAAUCUGCCAUGCUCUGCAGAGUUAGAGAUGGACGUCUUUUAUCUGAUCCUUCGGGAGAGAUCCCAUCUGUUUGGAGCUGAAAGCUGGAGACUACCACUGCAUCACAAAGCACAUUAGCAUCACUUUAUUAGCUUUGCCAGCCUUUCUCUCAACCCGUACAAUGUGAAUGUAAAAUACUUUGUAUUCUCUCAAAAUUGAAUCUGUUCUCUCUUUAAAAAAAGAAUUUCAUUUUUCCUGUUUUGUUGCAGCUGUUGCAAAAAUUAUUUUUGGAUAGGAAAAAUUCCAUACUUCCAAGAACUUACCAUACCUUUGUUGUGGGGGGCAUGUUAGUAUAGAAUAACUGCAAAACUGUUGUACAAACAAACUUAUUUGGAAAAACUAAAGUUAUGAGAGAAAGAUGUUAUUAGUCGACAUUACAGAACCUGUAUUUGCACUGUAAGAAUUUCUGUAAUUAAUUACAGGUGUAUUUAACGGAGAGGAAACUUUUCGGUUUCACAUUUGAGAGUAUUAUCUUGCCCAAGUACUGUAAAUGCCAGAUAUCUGCUUCAUUAUUCACUGUCAUCUAUCAGUCAGAUAAAACAAAUGUGCGCCAGAGUCUUGUUAAUACGCAACUCACAAUAGCUGGAAAUCCCAGUUACACAUCAAAAGCGAAACUCUUUUAACGACUUACGAAAAACAAAUGCUGCAGUUAUCUGAUAUGCUAACGGCCAUGUAUCAACUAAGGGAACCUGCCUAAGAGAGACACCGAUGAGUGUGUUUACAUGCACAUUCUUUUUUUGGGGGGCAUUUUCUGCCUUUUUUUUUUAUUUUUUCUUCAUAGAGACAGUGGAGCGUGACAGGAACGGCAGGGGAGAGAGAGGAUGACAUGCAGCGGAGGGCCAGGGCUCGACUCCAGUCACGGUAGCUGUGGUAAUGAGUCAGCCUUACUGGUGGUAUGCGCUCUGCCAGGUGAGCUACCGGGGCGCCCCGUGUUCAUUUUCAGUAACAUACAAGAUGAUUCUGAUUAAAGGUGGUCUUUUACAAUACAUAGCAUAAGUCUGUAAUGCAAUUAACACUGAUGUAUAUUAUCCAUGAUAUUAACCAGGAAGUCAUGUCAACCUUGUUUUCAUGCUAAUAUUUGGCACAUAUUUGGAGUUUAAUACAAACAUUAAUAUUUUAUGAUCAAGAUAUGACAAUGCACCUAAACAGCUUGUGAUCCCUGUCUGGUGGAAACCUCACAUCUCCAUUUUUUUUGGGUAUCGUGUCUGCAGAUCAGUUGAAAGAUUACAUGGUCCACCUUUAACCUGAUAUGCUUAUAAAACCCCUUUAAAACCAUAUUUAAUGUUAUAAAAAUUAAUUGUCAUUAAGCUAUGUACAGGUUGUUCUCCUUUUUUAACUUGUAAAAUGAUGAGAUUUUGGAAAUACAUUGUGUAUAGCAGCAGCAGUAUAUUGAAUAUGAGCUGGUAUGAGAAGCACUCAGUGGUACUGUGUGUAAUAUUGUGAAGUUUUUGCUUCAUAGCUUCAUAAUCCAGAGUUGUAGUAGCCUUGGCAGGCUUUUAAACAUGGACUUUUGACGCCGGCAUCUGUGUUGCAGAGAAAACCAAGAAGUGCAUACUUUACAUGGCACAUUUUUCACAGUGUGUUGGCACAGCACAUGGAGGCCGCACAAGUAUCCAACUAUGAACAUGGCUUUGUGGAUUGUCAGUAGACCAAGCAAUGAUGGAGGUUAUGGUACAUCAUUUUUCCCCACCUGUCUCUACCUAGCCUUUCCUCUGCGCGUGGAAUCACGUCUUAUCCCUGCGUCACAGAUGAAGCAUAAAAUCCAUGCUUUGUAUUUCCCUGAGGCAUAUCGAGGUUUAUUUCCCCUUUUCUUCUUCUCCUCACAACUGAAAUUCAAAAGCAUUUAAACGUCCUGCUGUCAGCCAUAAUCAUUAAAAAAAAAACAAAAAACAAAUAAGACGAUGUAAACUGCCCUUGGAUGCUGUCAUCUAAAUGUAAAUCGCAAUGUCAGGUCAGAAAUGUAUACUCCAAUUCAUGUGAGACUCAAUGCUGCUUGAACCACAACACCCUCAUGGUCACUAUAGAGGCUGUUCAUUCAACCAUAACCAGAGGAUGAAAGAAUAUUCCUGCUUGAGUAGCCUGAUGAAAUAUACACCAUUCCUGUACAAAAGCUGCCGUAGGGUUGGCAUUGUUGAACUGUUUCACUUAGAUUCUCUGCUAACAGCUGAGAUUUAAUCUCAAAAGUAUGUUGACCUUUGACGGACAGCGACUCAUUCAUUUCAUUUGCUUAUAUUCUAUGUGUGCAGGUAUUAUCCAUACACUGAAUAAUAAUACUCACGAAUGAACGUACUGUACGACUAAUUAGAACUAUUACUGCAUUAAUUAAAUCUACAUUCCCUUUUGUGAAGAGGACUCUGCAACAGUGUUGAUAGUUUAGAUGAGACUGUAUAAGGAACAGUUUAUGCAAUUUUUUUUCGUGCGGUGUUCAAGGUUUUAUUUCUAUCAGUUAACGACAACAUAUACUCAGCAAGGUAACUGCUGAGAACUGGGAACAUGGUGACAUCAAUAAAAAAGAAGUCUGGCGAGGCAAGAGACCGUCAGAUGAUCAUGCAGGUUUUCAAACAAAAACCGUGCUCAGCCAGACUUAUUUAGAAGAAAAAACAGGCAAACAUUAGAAAAUACGACCCAGUUUUUUUCUGUUGUAAACAUCAAUCACAAUUGACAGACCAAGCUCAGCCUUGACCGGACAAGCUUGCUGUAGUCGAGUGCAGCACAGUUUUUAUUUGCACUGAGGCAUUAUCACAUAAAAGGUGCAUUCACCUGAAGUUCUGCCACCUGUAAAUGUUGGCUUGUUUAUAACCUGUGGGAUCAUCUGACUACUGGCGUUUCUUUACCUGUCAAUCUCGCUGCAUUCCCAGAUCUCGCUUUGGUGAGUACAAUAUUACCAUAAGUGAUAAUAAUAAUAAUGGUCAAAGCUACAAAAGUACUUUGCAAAAGUAAAGCAAUAAACCAGAUGUAUCCUUGAAUCAAAAGUAUUACACUUAAUGCCAUCACAGGCAUCGGGAAACACAGUGCUCGUUUCCUUUCGGUACAGUACUUUAAUGUUACAUGUUUAA